UACCUUCCAUCAAUAAGGCUUUUUCUCUCAUUGUUCAAGAAGAACAUCAAAGAUGUCUUACUCCUCUUCCUUCCACCACUGAGGAGUUCGGUUCUAGUUCCAUUCCUCCCAAGCCUUUUGCUGCUGCCUCUUGCUUCAAUCGUGGCCGUACUGAUCGUCCUCUUUGCACUCACUGUGGUAUCUCUGGUCACACCAUGGCUCGUUGCUACAAGUUACACGGCUAUCCCCCUAGUUUCAAGUUUCGUGAUGGAUCCUCUCCACCUUCUCUAAGUUCCAAACCAGUGGCUAAUCACACUAAUGCUGAUGAGCACCAUUUAUUUGAGACACUUCCCGAGCCAUCCAAGAAUGUUGCAGCCACCCUUUCCAACACUCAAUGCCAACAGAUUAUUCACCUACUUUCAACCCAACUUCAAUCUUCAAAUCACAUCUCAGAGGAUCAGCCUAUUGUUUCUAACUUCACUGGACACUUCUCGGGCACUCCAGAUUGGGAUGGGUGAACGCAUAGGUAAUCUUUAUUAUUUAGUCAAUUAUGCUCCAGUUGUUUUUCUCACUCCAGCUAGUUUUUCUGUUUUUUCAGCGCCUUCCAAAACAACUUUAUGGCACUAUAGACUAGGUCAUCCAUCUUGAAUAAAAAAAUAUCACCCUAAUAAAAUGUUACAACUUUCUCAUGAUAAUAAAAGUGUUUUUCA